AUGGAGAUCUUUAUCAAGGCAGAGAACUACCAAGUCUUGAGGGUCAUCGAGGUUGGUGAUUUCGAAGUGACCAAAACAAAUGCUUGGAAUGAGAUUCCUACAGAUGAGCAGGUUAGGAAGGUUCUUAGAAGUCUUCCACAAGAUCAGAGAUGGAGAGCUAAGGUGACAGCCCUUCAGGAAACCAAGGACUUUACAAAGUUCAAUAUUGAACAACUAGCAGGUUCUCUCAUGACUCAUGAGUUACACCUUGGAGUCAACAGUGAACCCAUGAGGAACAAGGGAUUGACACUGAAGGCCGAUGAGGAGGAGGACUCAGAUGAGGCUGCCCUAAUUGUGCGAAGAUUCAAAAAGAUGUUCAAGAAAGGCCGAACCUCAAGGAACUUCGGGAAAAAGACCUCAAAUUCAAAGCCUGACUACAGCUGCCACAAGUGUGGAUCCCCAGAUCACUUUAUCAGAGACUGUCCCGUUUGGGAAAAUGAUAAAGGGAAAGGAAAGGCUAAGGAACAAGGAAGAGAAAAAUUCAGCAAAGCAAACUUUCAAAAGUCAGACAUGAGGAAGGCCAUGAUAGCAGCCUGGGGAGACUCACAAAGUGAAGAAGAAGAUGAUGACCAACCAGAAGAGGAGAUAGCCAAUCUUUGUUUGAUGGCCAAAUCAGAUGAUGAAAAGGCUUACCUUGAGGAACUCCAAAAAGAGGUAUUUCUUGAUCCUAAACAGCUUAAAACUCUCUCUAAAGAUGUCUUAAUAGAUAUAUGUCUAGAAGAAGAAGAAUUCUGUAGAGAUACUUGUGUAAAGUUGAACAAAUGUGAAAAAGCUCUUAAGGUUUGCAAAGAACAUGGUGCUUGGUUGGAAACAACCUAUGCCAAGUCUCAAAGCAAAUUAAGAGAGCUUGAUUUUAAAUACAAACACAUAACUGAGAUAGCUGAUAGAACUAAGAAUGAAAGUAUUCUUCUGAAUGUUGAAUUAACUCAGUAUAAGCUCAUAAAUUCUUAUAUUAGUUCUAGCAGUUCCUCAUGCGAUCAGUUGCUUAAAUUCAAUGUUGACUUUGAAAAUUUUAAAAAUGAGCUUUCUACCUUAAAAACUCAAAAAGAUCAACUUGAUUCGGAACUGAAUGCUAGAAAGGAUAGAAGUAUUGACCCAAAAGUCAUACCUAAGUGGAUAGCUGAAGCUCAAGGAAAAAGAACUGAAGGCCUUGGUUAUAUGACUAAGAGGAAAGGUAAGCAAAAUAAAUAUGUUGAGCUUCCUGGCAUGAAGGUCCUAGUGAGGGGGAACAAAUUGUGGUAUCUCGACAGCGGUUGUUCAAAGCAUAUGACAGGUGAUAAAUCAAAAUUCCUCUCACUAAAAGACUACCCUGGAGGAACAGUAACCUUUGGGGAUAAUAAGAAGGGCGAGAUAAUUGGAAAAGGCAAAAUUGGAAAAUCUAAAUCUCAUUCCAUUGAUAAUGUGUUCCUGGUUGAGGGAUUAAUGCACAAUUUGCUCAGUAUAUCACAAUUAUGUGACAAAGGAAAUUCCGUAUGUUUUAAUUCUGAUUCUUGCAAAAUCAUCAACAACAAGUCAGGAAAGGUUGUUUUAAAAGGAACAAGAAGAGGGAACACUUAUACAGUUGACAUUAACUUAAUCCCAAGGAACAACCUUAUAUGUCUGAGUGUUGUUGAAGAUGAUCCCUUGCUAUGGCAUAAACGUUUUGGACAUGCUAGCUUUUCAUUACUGGACAAACUGAGGUCAAGGAACUUGGUUGUGGGACUUCUUAUUAUCAAGUUCCUACAGAACAAAGUUUGUGAUGCAUGUGUGAAAGGCAAUCAUGUUCUUUCAUCUUUUAAAUUGAAGAAAAUGAAAAUACAGAAAAUCAGUGGUCACUCUAUAGUCCAUCUCAGAUCAGAUCACGGAAUUGAAUUUGAGAACUUAAGAUUCGAUGAGUUUUGCAGGGAAAAUGGCAUGAAUCAUAACUUCUCAGCUCCAUGGACUCCCCAACAGAAUGGAGUUGUAGAAAGGAAGAAUCGAACCCUUGAGGAAAUGGCUAGAACGAUGCUGAUUGCAAGUGGAUUGCCAAGGAACUUCUGGGCUGAAGCCGUGAAUACAGCAUGUUACAUCCUUAACCGGGUAACAAUCAGAAGUAUCAUCAACAAGACUCCCUAUGAACUAUUCAGGGGAAGGAAGCCAAACAUAUCUCAUCUUAGAGCCUUUGGUUGUAAGUGCUUUGUACAUAAUAAUGUUAAGAAAAACCUAGGGAAAUUUGAUGAAAGAAGUGAAGAGGCUAUAUUUCUAGGAUAUGCCUCUGAUAGCAAAGCUUAUAGAGUUUACAAUAAAAGCCCAAUGUGUGUUGAGGAAUGCAUUCAUAUAAUAUUUGAUGAAGUUAACCAAUUUGUGAGUGUACAGGAACAAGAAGAAGAUAAUGAUUUUGAAAUUGGAUUGAUAAGAGACAGGGAUGAAGAAGAGACUAAAAAGCAAACCAAGGAAAAGCAGCCUGCUCUAGAAGAGGAUCAUCAAGAAAAUGGAGAGGUUCCUCAACCAGAUGAACAGGUGAAUGAGGAACAAGCAGAAGAAGCAGAAGGAACAGAACCAGAAGCUCCUCAAAUUGGAGUUCCAGCAAGGGAAUUUCAACCCAGGCCAUUCAAGUAUCAAGGUUCCCAUCCAACUGAUCUCAUUAUCAGUGAUAUAGGAAAAGGAACUCAAACAAGAUCACAAAUGAGGAACUACUGUGCAUUCCAUGCUUUUCUAUCCAUCCUAGAGCCAAGAAAUCAUCAAGAAGCCUUGGGAGAUGCUGAUUGGAUAGUGACCAUGCAAGAGGAACUCAAUGAGUUCGAAAGGAACAAAGUCUGA